GUUAGCGCGACGCGACCCUGCCCCGCCUCGCCCGGGACCGGCCACGCGGGACAUAUACAUAACGGCGGCAUUUACCCUUCCACCGUCCACGGCCACACAGCACACAGCGCAACAAUGGCCGACAAACUCAGCGAAUCCUACUGGACCAGCCUGCUGUCCAAAACACCGGCAAUCCUCUCGUCGCCCGCGCCAGCGCCCGUCCCGCUGCCCGCCAACAUCGCACAGACGAUCGAUCACACGCUGCUCGCUCCGGCCGCCACCACCGACCAGAUCGCCAACGUCUGCGAACAGGCAAAAACCCACGGCUUCUACAGCGUGUGCGUCAACUCCAGCCAUGCAAAGCAGGUUGCAGCGAGUGGUGCCAAGGCGUGUGUCGUCGUCGGUUUCCCGCUGGGCGCGAUGAGCACCGAGGGGAAAGAAUUUGAGACGAAAACGGCGAUCUCCCACGGCGCGACCGAAAUCGACACGGUUCUCGCGGUCGGGCUGCUAAAAUCUCGAGAAUACGUGCGGGUGUACCGCGACAUCGCCGCGGUCGUUUCUACCGCGGCGCCGUACCCGGUCAAGGUGAUCAUCGAGACGGCCCUACUCACGGAUGAGGAGAAGGUAGCCGCGUGCUUGAUCUCGGCCGAGGCUGGUGCCGCGUUUGUCAAGACUUGUACGGGGUUCUCCGGGGGGGCGGCGACUACGGGGGAUGUUGCGUUGAUGAGGAAUGCGGUGGAGGGGUAUGCGUGGAAGGGACAUGGCUGGGACGGCAGGAUCAGAGUCAAGGCUAGUGCGGGCGUGAGAACGGCUGAGUCGGCGAAGAGGAUGCUGGAGGCGGGCGCGGAUAGGAUCGGAACUAGCAGUGGGGUGGCGAUCAUGGAGGGCGGGAAGGGGGAGGGCUACUAGGAUAAGAUGCUGAAUACAUUAUAUAUGCUAAUCGAUCAUUCGAUCGGAGAGAACAGAGGCGCCAGUUGGGGCAACUUGCGACCUCGCGGUACAAUGGAUUCAGAUGAGGG